CGCCAGGGCGUCAGCUACUCAGCUGGCUAUAUAAAGGCCUGUCCAUCUGUCAAGACCUGACUACGGCUGCCUGCUUGCGUUCUUCUCCUUCCCUACAAAGCCGAAGCUUAUUAGGUACUCAUCACUAACUGCGGCGUGCGUGGGCGUGGCCAUGGCGACGGCGGCGACGGGGAGGAAGGUGUCGGUCCCGGCCGUCCUGCUGGUGCUGUCCGUGCUCGCCUGCCUGCUCCUCGUCCACUGUUCGUACGGCUUGCUCGAGCUCUUCGGCCCGCCGGACCUCUCGCCGGAGGCCACGCCGCUGAUCUUUGCCCUCUGUUUCCUCCUCCUCCUCCUCCUUGCAGCGGCGGCGGCCGGCAACCGGAGGGCUCUGCUGCCGAGGGAGACGGCCGGCGGCGACGUCGGCGCCCUCGGAGGGCAGGCGCUGCCCACGACGGCGGAGGAGGCCGCGGUGGGAGGGGAGGAGCCGCACCACCACCAGCUCGCCGACGACGAGGAGAUGGCGGCGGCGGCGAGGCGGGCGGGGCUCCUGCAGACCGAGGACUACCCGGGGUCCGGCGCCAACAGCCGCCACGAUCCGCGGAACCCGCACUGAGAUUCGUGCCGGGCGGCCCUGCGUUCCAUCCUUGUACAACGCAUGCAUGCUUGUAUUGAGUUCACACCUAGCUAGCUCAAAACGCACGCUCAAUCAUCCGUAUAUGAUUUUGCAUAGAUCAACUGUGAUAAUAAUAUAAGCACACACAUGAACAAACAUGAUAUAAAUUUAAUUCAUAUCAUGAACAGAAGCAAUAAGCUAUGUAGAGCAUGAAAAUGCAGCUGCAUGCAUCUCGUUUGCUAGUGCUAGUAGUAGUUUGUGAUCAGCCCUAGCAUGUUGCAUGUGUCAUCAGUGUACCUCCAAUUCAAGUGAACAAUAAUAAUGAAUAAACCAAAAUUACAAAGUUGUUUUAAUUUA